CACUUACAGUUGAAAGCAGUGAACUCGCACUGUUCUCACACGGCAUGGCAAUGAGGAUAUCGGCCUUGCUUUUACUGUGCAUCCUGACUGCAGUGACGUAUCCAAGCACAACAAAUGCAAACGAUGGACUGGUGCUGCAAACUAAAUCAGGAGCUCUGAAAGGUGCACGCGUCACUGCACAAGGGAAGGAAACGGUGAUAUAUACAUACCUGGGCAUACCGUUUGCCAAGCCACCUGUAGGACCAUUGAGACUGAGUCCACCUCAACCUGCAGAGAGAUGGGGCGGAGUGAGAGAUGCCACACAGCAGCCACUCAUGUGUCUGCAGGUGAAGCAGGUAACUGUGGACUUGUUAGCUAAUCUGUCUAUGAAAUUGGAGAUUCCAGACUCAUCCGAGGACUGUCUUUACCUCAAUGUUUACACUCCUUCCAAACCUGGAGACAAUGCAAAGUUACCCGUCAUGGUUUGGAUUCAUGGUGGAGGUUUGUCAAUGGGCUCUGCUUCCAUGUUUGACGGACAUGUUUUGGCAUCCUAUCAGAAUGUAGUUGUGGUCUUGAUUCAAUACAGGCUUGGACUACUUGGAUUUUUCAGCACUGGAGAUGAACAUGCACCAGGAAACUAUGGUCUUCUGGAUCAGGUAGCAGCACUCCAGUGGGUCCAGGAGAACAUCCACAGCUUCGGCGGAGAUCCUGGAUUAGUGACUAUCUUUGGAGAAUCUGCUGGAGGUGUCAGUGUGUCUUUACAUAUUCUUUCACCAUUGUCUUCAAACCUCUUCCAUCAUGCUAUCGCAGAGAGUGGUACAGCAGCAAUGGAUGCUAUCAUGAGUUCCAAUCCUCUGCCAUUAGCUCAGAUUGCAGGCAAUGUAUCUGGCUGUGAUAUUUCUAGCACAAAGAAGAUUGUGGAAUGUGUAAUGCAGUUGUCAGAAGAGGACAUCUUGAAGAUUGCUCAGGAGAGCCCAAUGCUUCAGUUUAAAGUGACAACAGAUGGCCAUUUCCUUCCUAAACCUGUAGAAGACCUUCUUAAAUCCCACAAGAUUAACAAAGUGCCUCUCAUGACUGGAGUUACUGAUGAUGAGUGUGGAUAUAUGCUGCCUAAUUUCAUGUCACCUCCAGGAUGGACUGAUGGGAUGGACCGAGAGCAGAUCUUGCCUUAUUUGCAGAUGUUUUAUCCUGAUAUUCAGGAUCAGUCGACUAUUGAGGUUGUGUUAAAUGAGUAUCUGGGCUCAUCCAGUGACAGGAUCAAAAUCCGAAAUGGUUUUAGAGAGAUGUUGGGGGACUUUUUUUUCAAUAUACCAGCUCGCAUAAUAGCAAAUUACCACAGAGAUGCUGGUGCACCAGUAUUCAUGUAUGAAUUCCAGCAUCCUCCCAGUAUACUUCAAAAGCAAAGGCCAAGUUUUGUUGGAAGUGAUCAUGGAGAUGAAGUUGUAUUUGUUUUUGGUUUCUGCUUUGCAAAUGGGCAUAUUAAGAUAGAAGGUGAAUUGACAAAGAAAGAAAAUGAACUUUGUAGAACUAUCAUGGAUUAUUGGGGGAACUUUGCUCACACUGGGUCUCCAAAUGGUCCGGGCCUCACAACAUGGCCUCAAUAUGGAGCUGAGGCUGAGUAUCUCGGUAUUGGACUGGAACAAAAACCUGGUAAAAACCUGAAGGGAAAACACUUUACUUUCAUGACCCAAACCCUUAAACGGAUCUUAAAGGAGCAAAAGGAAGGUCCUGUAGUGCAAACCAAAUUAGGAAGUCUAAGAGGUGCCUUCCUCUCUGUGAAGGGCAAGGAAACACUUGUCAGUAGUUACCUAUCUGUACCAUUUGCAAAGCCACCUGUGGGGCCCCUGAGACUGGCUCCACCCCAACCUGCCAAGAAAUGGGAUGGAGUGAGAGAUGCCAAAAAACAGCCACCCAUGUAAUAAUUCCUAGGAUGUUU